UCUCUCUCUCCCACCGCCACCCACAACCCCAUUUUCUCACAAACCCAACCAACAACAAAACAAAUGGCAUUCUCAUCAACACUCACCCUUUCCCUCACUCUGCUCCUCCUCGCCGUCAUGCAAGGCCACGCCGCCCCCCGCGCCGCCCCGGCCCCGGCGGUGGACUGCUCCUCGUUGAUCCUGAACAUGGCGGACUGCUUGUCGUAUGUUUCAAACGACAGCAAGACAGAGAAGCCGGAAGCGAGUUGCUGCACUGGACUCAAGACUGUGCUUAAGGCUGACGCUUCGUGUCUCUGUGAGGCUUUCAAGAGUAGCGGUCAGAUGGGCAUCGUUCUCAACAUGACUAAGGCCAUGGCUCUCCCCGCCGCUUGCAAAGUCUCCGCUCCUUCCGCCGCCAACUGUGGAUUGGCUGUUGCUCCUGCUGGUGCUCCUGUUGCAACCCUUACGCCUCAAAUUGCUCCAACAACUUCAGCUGGUGUUGCACCUGAAUCAUCUGCCGCAGGAGGGAAUGUGGUAGCACCUGCAUCUGCUCCAGCAAACUCAGCUUCUUUUAUGCUUUUCAGUUCAGUUACCCUGUUUCUGGGCCUUUUGGUUGCGUCAUUGCCUUAUUUCUGAGCAAAUGUGGCAUGUAGUGCCGUUUUUGAGAGCAUAGAGUGAUGACUUGUGAUGUUCAUUUUAGCAUUGGGGAGUUAGUUCUGUUCAAAUUUCUUCUAUUCGGGAUGUUACUGUAGUAGGUUUUAACAUGUUUUCUCUUUUUGGACCCUUGAGACCUGUUUGGUGGUUGGACAUGGUUUUCUAAUAUUUUAGUUGAUCUACCUAUCCUUAAAUUCCUGGCCCCUUUUCAAUUGAUAUUUGAACAUAACCUGGUGUCUUCUUUGCUAGUAUUAUGGACCUUAUAUGGUUAUGAUGGUAACAUCCAUAAAUUAUAGCCUAUUGAAUGGAUCACAAGAGAGGAAUCUCACAUUCACAUGAAGCGAAGAAGCAACCAUUGUGAUACAUUGCAUGAUUUAGUGGAUCAAGGUUGGAGAAUGUAAAAUUUACACAGCAUGUUGUUUAACAUGGUAGCAUUUACAUAAUAGGAUGUUGCUCAAGAGUUCCGAGCCAUGACAUCCGAACGACGAAAGUUUUGCAACAUUAUAAACAUUGAGUGAUCAAGAACAGUGAAAUUUGGUUGAACAAUAGAUUUGCUUCUUCACAUGGAGCCAUGGAGGUGGUCUGGGAAUGAUGUCGGGGGGAAUAGCAAAGGCAGUAAGAGCAUGGAGACCUAAAAUAAGUGACUACAAAACAGUGGUCUAUUUAGCUGGCCUAAGAGAGGAGGAGGUGCCAGCAAGGCUUUCCAAGGUUUCCUUCUUGAGUUCUUGUCACUCUGUAAAGGCAUCAUGAACAGUUGGUUUCAACUGCAGCUCCUCCCUGCAACAAGAGAACAUUGCUGUUUGACUAGAUUGUUUUUGCCGUUUUCGUUUCAUUUCGGUCCAACUGCAGACCAGGGUUUGAAAAUGUUGUCCUUUUUUAGAUAGUUAGAUUGUUUUUUUUUUGGAUCAUUAGAUAGGGGGGUGUAUUGUAUAUGGAAUUAGUGGAAGUUUUAAAGAAGUCUAUGGAAUUUG